ACCCUGAGGGAUGACUGCUGUGAGAGAUGACGUCGCAGCUAGACCACUCUUGUAUUGAGGUCUGCCGAGGUGAAAUCUCCAUUUUAUGAAAUCCAGGGGAACCUCUUUUCUCGUAAUGAUAGGGGCGGGGCGGUGAACGGGUUCGAAGACGAGAGAAAUCGGUCUAUUACGUCGGGUUUUUUCGGUUGUGUUGCAACAGAUUUGUAGGCGACAUACGCACUUGGUUUGGGAUCCGUGUUUUUAAAUAACAUGGGUAAUUGCCACACAGUUGGACCAAAUGAGGCCCUCGUGGUUUCAGGUGGUUGCUGUGGCUCUGAUGAGAAGACCUACGUGGUGGGAGGCUGGUCCUGGGCCUGGUGGCUCAUCUCAGACAUCCAGAGGAUAACCCUUGAGAUUAUGACCCUGCAGCCCAAGUGUGAGGAUGUAGAAACAGCGGAGGGUGUAGCUAUUACUGUCACUGGGGUGGCACAGGUGAAGGUGAUGGUAGACAAUGAGCUGCUGGGCUAUGCCUGUGAACAGUUCCUGGGGAAAUCUGUGAUGGAGAUAAAGAGUGUCAUUCUGCAGACCCUGGAGGGUCAUUUACGCUCUAUUCUCGGUACUCUGACGGUGGAGCAGAUCUACCAGGACAGAGACAGAUUUGCUGCUCUGGUGAGGGAGGUGGCAGCGCCCGACGUGGGCCGCAUGGGCAUCGAGAUCCUCAGCUUCACCAUCAAGGAUGUUUAUGAUAAAGUGGAGUACCUGAGUUCCUUGGGCAAGAGUCAGACAGCUGCAGUACAGCGAGACGCAGACAUCGGAGUGGCCGAGGCAGAGAGAGACGCAGGAAUCAGGGAAGCAGAAUGUAAGAAAGAGAUGAUGGACAUCAAGUUCCAAGCAGAUACCAAGAUGGCCGACUCUAAGAGAGGGUUGGAGAUGCAGAAGGCUGCUUUCAAUCAAGAAGUCAACACAAAGAAAGCAGAGGCCCAGCUGGCCUAUGAGCUGCAGGCUGCCAAGGAGCAGCAGAAGAUCCGUCUGGAGGAGAUCGAGAUCGAGGUGGUUCAGAGGAAGAAGCAGAUCACCAUUGAGGAGAAGGAGAUUGACCGCACUGAGAAGGAGCUGAUCGCCACGGUCAAGAGGCCGGCCGAGUCUGAGGCUUACAAGAUGCAACAGCUGGCCGAGGGACAGAAGAUGAAGAAGGUGCUGACGGCCCAAGCGGAGGCAGAGAAAAUCCGUCGUAUCGGAGAGGCAGAGGCCGGUUCCAUAGAGGCUAUAGGGAAGGCUGAGGCUGAGAAGAUGAGGCUGAAGGCUGAGGCCUACCAGCAUUAUGGAGAGGCUGCCAAGACUGCUCUGGUCCUAGAGGCCCUGCCUAAGAUUGCUGGCAAGGUGGCGGCACCCCUGGCCCAGACCAAUGAGAUUGUCAUCCUGAGCGGGGACGGUAGUCGUGUGACCGGCGAGGUUAACCGCCUAUUGGCUGAGCUCCCCGUGUCCGUCAACGCCCUCACAGGGGUGGACCUGAUGAAGAUCCCUUUUCUUCAGAAGAUGACCAACCCUCAAGCAUGAAAACAAUCCAAUGCACCCUGACUCCAAUACAUCUCUCUUAUGCGCUCUUUAAAUCAACAAGAAACACUUGAAUACAAGAGUUGUUUUUUUACGACGAAAGAGUAGUCGUUCUCAUUUCCUAGACCCCUGGUGCCUUGGCUCCUAUAGAACCAGAUCAUCUGCAUGGGCCACUGAAUGUUUUUCUUUUAAAGAACAAAAAAAGCAACCGUUCAUUUUAUAUUUUGUUUUUAAGAAGUUACCCCCAUUGUGUUGUACUUACACUCGUCUACAUUAUAGAAAAGGGGCAUUCAUCCUGAUUUUUCUGUGCAGGCCUUAUUCUGGUCUGAAAGGUCUCGCCCUGUGUCUUUGUAGUUUUUUUCAUUGUGUUACAAUUAGUACCUUGGAUAUGCCCAUGGGUUUUUUACAGUUACUUGUGCAAGUGUUAAGUAUUUCGUCACCCAUUUUUAUUGUUUCAUUCUUAUGUGCCUGUUAACCAACCAAGUGGCCAAACCUCAGGAAAAGUAAUGGUUUGGCAAUUCAAAAAGUUUAGUGAUACUACAGUGAAAUUCAAUGAGAGAUGUAGAAAUGUACAUGUACAAUGCAUCCUCAUAUAAUUUGCCUUUUUCUUUACUAGAAUCUUCACUUCAUGUUUCAUCUUGGGUAUGGGAGAGGGGUGUCUUCUUAGGACAAGACAUGCAAGACGCAGAAAUUAUACACAUGAACACGUGUGCAUCGAUCUUCAUGUCUGUAUGAAGCCAUAUACUUUCAAGAUUAGCCUUAAUAUAGAGACCCAGGAGUCCUGCUAGCUUUCCUGAUCAUCUGGAUUACCUCAGUCAAUCUAAGCUUUAAUACUUGUUCUACUUCUUUCCAAUUAUUGAGAUGUCACAUGACAAUAUGCAUUUCAGUCUCUUAGGGUAGCCAAUGUUGUGUUAUGUCACCUUGUGGUUCCAUUCUUAAAUUACAAAUACAUUUUUAUAAAGGAUUUAUCUCUACAGUUUACUAGACUCCUUAAUUUCAGGAUUUUACAAGGUGCUGCUUGAUAUCUUUGACUAGGAAUUCAAUACUGCCAAGACCUGUUGACCAUCCAAUCAUUUAUCAGCUAUCUCCACAUGCCUUACCCAAUGUGCUUUAAACACAAGACGACAUUUCAGUUUGUUUAGACGUUUGAGUUGGACUGGAGUUCAUUUUAAGUCGUUUUUAUUUUAUGAAAAUAUUUUAGAGUUUAUGAGAUUUCUAGACACUUGCUGAACCAAUGUUGCUCCGGUCAAACGCUAUGCCACGUCCAUGGACGUUCUCCGCAAUGAGUCUGGAUGAGUCAUAAUACCCUUAACCUAGUGGUCAAACAAGGAAAUGGUUCCAAUCGUUUUUCCACAAUUAAUUUUUCCUGUAGGGGAUUUUAGAAACACUUCAAAUUUGGGCAGUGUUUCAUGUAGGCUUACCUUGGCAUGACAUUUUGAUAACCAUGUAAAUCUCUCUAGGACAAAAACAAAGUAGAUUUUGUCCCCCGAAAAGGGAAAAAAAAAAAAAUAUUAUUAUUAUAUCUAGGACAAGGUGAUUUUUAUCAAUAUAGUAGCCUGUAUUUACCCCCCAAAAAAUGAAAUGCUAAUUAUCUGCUAAUGUGGCUAUCAUAAAGAACUACAAAUACCAUGAUGAUCUGAACAAAACUGCCAAAUCGAGGCAAAGUUAAGAAUCUCUGGAUAAACUAUCUAAUGUUAGCUAAAUUGAGUAAUUAAUAAAUUGGCUACAUUUCUUUAAAUUGACAAUUCUGUGAGUCGUCUUGUGCGAGUUUUAAAUUGACACAAUACCUGUUAGCAAAGGUCAGCUAGAGAUGACGUGUAGGAUUUUGCAGGGAUGUGUAGUCUUGCAUUGUCUACUUUGAUACUAAUUAGCAUUUUCAAAUCUGAGCGUAAAUAUAUUGCUAAAAGUCACCUUGUCCAAGAGAGAUUUACAUGGUUAUCAAAACGUCACGCCAGGGUAAGCCUUCACGAAACACAGCCCUUAUUUCAAGUGUUUCUAAAAUUCCCUAUGGGAAAAAUGAAUGUUGGAAAAACGAUUGAAACCAUUUCCCUGUUUGACCACUUUGUUUUAUGGGUUUUAUGACACCACCACUGUGGGGCUCUAUUAUAGAAAGUACCUCCCCAAUGAUGUCUAGAAUGCAACUCAUUCAAAUCUGAUUGGUCCCAGAAACUGAAGGGUUGGGCCAGAACCAGAACAAAUUGUAAAGUGGCGUUUUUAAAAUGUGUCAUUGGCUUUGAUACUCUGGUUAGAGAUGAUCCAAUCACUGAUGACUUUGUUUUGUACAACCAUAUAAAUAAGAAUGAAUUCCACCCUUCAUUUUGACAUCACCACAAUUGACUUCACCAAUGCACCAAAGUAUGUAGCGAACAUAGCGCAACGGAAUAAUUCAGUUUGUGUAGUCAGGCAAAUGCAUUUUAUUUUACAGUAAUGUUAACCUGCUGCCAAUGCCAACGGUGGUAUAUUGCUGGUGUGGGGGAGAAUCUAAUCCCUACUGAUCACCAAAAGUGUUUCUUUGGAAAUACUGUAUUUAUUUUAUUGUGCUUUUAUUAUAUUCUCUGAUGUCAGAUUUACAUCUUAGACCAUUUGAAGUGAUAAAUUGUGUGAUACAGUACUGGAAACCAAAAUGCAACCUGUAUUCUGUUUGAUGAAAUGUCUGGUUUGAAUUGUAUAAAGUUGGAAAUGUUGAACAGGGCAGUAGACACAGGCCCACCCACUGGGGAGCCAGGCCCAAAAACAAAA